ACUAAGAAAAGAGUAAACUAAAGCUACAAAAAAACUGCAUCAAAAGAAGGCGAAAAUCCACGGAGAAACAACUUUGAAUCAAAUCAGCUUUGUCGCACUGAAAACUGGAAGCAAACCCCGCAAGAUGCUGACCAUGGAAUCGGAUAUGAAGGGCAGCCUGCUGCAUGCCACCAUGCCGCCGCAUCACACAAGUGCCGCGUUGCACGGCCAUGCGGCAUCGCCGUACUCCGCACUGGCACCACUCAUGAACCUGGGCCAGUCGCACCUGACCCACUCGCAGCUGAGCCACCACAAUCACCACCACCACCACAUGAGCGCCCACAUCGCGGCCAGCCAGAGCCCCAAUCCGCUCAGCUCGCUGCAAUCCUCCAUGGCGAACACCCUCAAUGGCAGCCAGGUGGGACAGCAGCAGCAGCAACAGCAGCAGCAGCAGCAGAGCUCCCCGCUGCACAGCUCCAGCGAACUGAGUCCCACCCAGAGCAGCAUCGGGAGCCACCACAUGACCUCGCCGGUCAGCCACCAGCAGCACACGCAGCAGCAGCAGCAGCAGCACGCGCAGCAGCAACAUCUGGGCGCCGGAUCCGCGCUGAGCAGCCUGACUGGAGGAUCCAGCAACAACAACAACAACAGCGCCACGGCCAACAAGAACCAACAGCAUGCGGAUCGGGUGAAGCGGCCCAUGAAUGCGUUCAUGGUGUGGUCCCGGGGCCAGCGAAGGAAGAUGGCGUCGGACAACCCCAAGAUGCACAACUCGGAGAUCUCGAAGCGACUGGGCGCCCAGUGGAAGGACCUCUCGGAGUCCGAGAAGCGACCAUUCAUCGACGAGGCCAAGCGCCUGCGGGCGGUGCACAUGAAGGAGCAUCCGGACUACAAGUACCGGCCGCGUCGCAAGACCAAAACGCUGACCAAGACCAAGGAGAAGUACCCCAUGGGCGGCCUGAUGCCCGGACAGACGGUGGGCGGCGGAGCGCCGGGUGAGCCAGUGACGCCCACUCGGGUGCAAGGUCAGCCGGGCCAGAACCAGUCGCUGAACGGCAGCGGAGGCAGUGCAGCAGUGGCGGCGGCGGCAGCAGCGGCUGCAGCGCAACAGGCGCGCCAGGAUAUGUACCAGAUGAACGCGCCCAAUGGAUACAUGCCCAAUGGCUACAUGAUGCACGCGGAUCCCGCCGGAGCGGCAGCCUACCAGACCUCCUACAUGGGCCAGCACUAUGCGGCGCAGCGGUACGACAUGGGACACAUGUACAACAACGGGUAUGCGAUGUACCAGACGGUGUCCGGCGGACAGACCUCGCCCUACGGCAGCAGUCUGCAGCAGCCCGGAUCCCCAUCGCCGUACGGCGGCAGCAGCUUGCAGCAGCAGCCGGGCAGUCCGGCUCCGUAUGGCGGAGGAGGAAGCGGUGGCGGCCAGGUGUCCUGCCAGAGCCACAGCCCCAGCGAUUCGAGCAUCAAGUCCGAACCGGUGUCGCCCAGUCCCAGUGCCAUAGCGCUCAACAACAACAACAACAUCAACAACAAUCACAUCAUGAAGCGGGAAUACAGCUCCGCAGCGGCGGCGGCGGCAGCAGCAGCAGCGGCAGCAGCCGCCGGCGGCGGUGAGCUGAAUCACCUGAUGAACAUGUACCAUCUGCCGGAUGAGCAGCGCCACCUGCUGCACUACCAGACUGACUCGCCCGAUCUGCAGCAGCAGCACCAGGCGAUGCAACAGCAGCAGCAGCACCUCCCGCAGCAACACCUUUCGCAGCAGCACCAACAGAUCCCGCAGCAACACCAGACCAUGCAGCAGCAGCAGCAGCAACACCACCUGCAGCAUCAGCAAUCGCUGAGGGCGAUGGCGCCGCUGGCACACAUGUGAGAAAUGGCCAGCGCCUAUGGAGCAGCAGGCUCCAGUGUGAGCGUUUCGCCUCCACUGCCGCCGUACAUGCCGACGGCCCCGCAGCAACAGCAACAGCAGCAGCAGCAGCAGCAACAACAGCAGCAGCAGCAGCAACAGUUGCUCAACGGACGGCCUAGUCCGACGGCAUCGGGGUCGUCGGGCGGCCGCUCCUCGGCGCAUUCCAGUGGCCAUACCGCCGCGCAUUCACCCGCCUUGGCAGCCGCCUACCAGCUGACCCCCUCCGCUGCCACCUCCUCCUCCUCCGCCACAUCGGCUGCUGCUGCUGCUGCGGCGGCGGCGUCUGCUGCGGCCGUUGCUGCUGCUGCGGCUGCAGGCAGCUCCUUCGCCGCCUCGGCCAGCAUGCUGGACAUGCAGCAGCAGCAUCUGGAGGAGCAGCAGCAGCACCAUCACCUGCACUACCAGCAGCAGCAACAGCAACACUACCAGCAGCAGCAGCAGCAGCAGCAGCAGCAGCAGCUGCAGCAGCACCUCCCGCAGCAGCAGCAGCAACAUCAGCUGUACCAUCACUAUCAUCCUGGCCACGAGGCAGCGGUGGCUGCCAGUGCUGGCCUCCUGGAUAUAUCCACAUUGUAAAUUAUUGAAUAUAUUAACUAAAGCCCUAGGAUACGCACACCCACACCCACGCCCACGCCCACACCCACGCCCACAACCACGCCCACAACCACACACCCACACCCACACACAGACACAAUUUUAGCCUUAGUUCUUAAGCAGGUUUAAUUCGAAUUUCGAAGUGGCAGAGUAACAACACACGCGCAUAUAAAUAAAUGAGAAUAGGAUUAAUGUUUAGUCAUUUAAAUGAAGCAUACGCACUGUUGUACCACAAUAGUAAGAUGACAACUCACUUGCAUUCCAUACCGUUCUGCUUCGAUUUCCCUUGAUUUCCCGCUUGCUGCAUUGCUGCAUUGCUAAAAACAAUUGUGUGAUACAAAUAAACUGUUGCCAAUUACUGGGACAACAAAUCGUUGGGUUUAGCACUUCAUUUCCACUCACCUUUUGCUGUACAAAACAUUCUCAGACAUUAAAUGUGCGUUCAAUUGGACGCGAAAUCCGGAAUCAAGCACAAGUUUAGUAGGAAUAAAGGCAGUUGAGGCGAGAGAGAGAGAGGCGAUGAAAUUGAAUAAUUCAGAAAAGCAAAGAAAAAUGUCAAAAAACAUUCUAUUUUAUAAAUUCUCUUAUGCAUUAAGUAAUUAUAAUUAUUAUCUAUUAUAUAAACAAUUUAAUUAUUAAUUAUGCUUACAAAUACCAGACAAGACAACCAUAAUUAAUUGUAAUAAAGCGAAAACAAAAUUAUUAUUAUUAUUAAAACAUAAAUCGAAUCGAAGGCAAGCAUCUACUGCAUAAUACAAAAACCACAACCAGAAAAAUGUUAGUAAACCUAAAGCAAAUUUAGUAAAAAAACAAACCAAGAAGCGUGCAAACGUGAUUGUGAAACAUGGCGCAAGGCAGCGAAAACAAACAAAUCCAACAAAACAUUGCCAAGCACCUGGAGAUAAUAAAAACAAAAUCCACAAAAAA